UCACCCCCCCUCCCUGCUAGCAUAGCUGUUAGCUUCCCUCUGCAGCGGAACAACAGAGACACUCCCAGAUCAGAAGAUCCUCCGUCUGCUGGAUCCACAGAGGACUAGGAGGACCAGAAGGACCAGGACCAUGGAGAUGAGUUCUGUCCAAUGAGACUCGUCCGUCCACUUUAGGAACCUUCUGUCCUCCUAACAUGAGCCUUGAUGUUCUCUCACUUGUUGGCCCCGAGCCUCCGUCUCCGAUGCUCACCUCCGUUACCCCAGUAACGCCGGACACCUCCACCUGCCCCGCCUCCAUCAGCUCCGCCCCCCUCAUGGACCUGGAGCGGCCCGAGGACGGAGCCUCGCUGUCGGGUUCAGAGCCCAGCAGAGGCAGCCCCUCUGGGGGAGGAACCGAGGAGGGAAGAGACGCCUCCAGGAGGAUGAAGAAACCUCCUCCUCUCCACACCGGAGCCGACUGGAAGGUAGUCCUUCACCUGCCGGAGAUCGAGAAGUGGCUGAAGGCCACCAGCGAUAGAGUCACUCAGCUUUCUCACUCUGUGGGACAAGAUGGAGACAACCGACACGUGGACGUCCAUCUGGUGCAGCUGAAGGACAUCUGUGAGGACAUCUCAGACCAUGUGGAGCAGAUCCAUGCUCUGCUGGAGACAGAGUUUUCUCUGAAGCUUCUGUCCUACUCGGUCAACAUCAUCGUAGACAUCAGGACGGUGCAGCUGCUUUGGCACCAGCUCAGAGUCUCGGUUCUGGUUCUGAAGGAGCGUCUGCUUCAGGGCCUGCAGGACUCCAACGGAAACUUCACCCGACAGACGGACAUCCUGCAGGCCUUCAGCCAGGACCAGCACCAGACCCGGCUGGACGCCCUGACGGAGGUGGACGACUGCGGUCAGCUGACCAUCCGCUGCAGUCAGGACUACUUCUCUCUGGACUGUGGAAUCACCGCAUUCGAGCUCAGCGACUACAGUCCCAGCGACGAGCCCGGCACCCCCGGAACCCAGCCCAGGACCCGGGACGAACCCGGAACCCAGCCCAGGACCCGGGACGAACCCGGAACCCAGCCCAGGACCCGGGACGCCCCACAGGACCUGAACCAGGACCUGAACCAGGAGCCAGGAGUAGAGGAGAGUGGGUCCCACCUGUCCAACCGCCACCACAGCUUACCUGACCUCUCCACAGGCGACGGCUCAGCCAACCAGAACCAUCGGGUUUUACCCAUGAUGCAAUGCAGCAGCCUCAGUGACAGCGUGAAGUGCCCCCUGCAGGCCGCCAGCCUCAGCACCGAGCCGUCGCUUCCAAAGAGAGCCGCCCUGCUGCUGGACUCCAGGGGAGUAUCAGGAGAAGUCAGUCCGGUCUCAGGACUCCAGUUCCAGGCCGAGCUGAGCCGCAGCACCCCCUCCCUCAUGGAUCCUCCGGACCGGUCCAAGUUCUGGCUGGAACUGGACUCGGUUUAUCCAGAACACGUCUCUCAGUCCUACGAGAGUCUGCAGGUCAUGAACGGCUGUAACCUCAGGAUACACCGUGUGAGCUGCAGACACCCAGAGGGGAGCGUCCAGAGGCUGCAGCCUGGCCAGAGGAGCUCAUCUGGGGCCGGACCGACCGCCGGCGCCCCCCCGCCUCUCCAGGACCCGAAGCCUGAGGAGGGAAAACCAAAGGAAAUGGAGAGCAGGAGGAAGGAGACACGUUCUCCCAGCGAGGACUCCGACUCUUCGGCCUCCCCCGUCAGGGAGCAGCCCCCCUCAGACCUGGAGGCGUCUGGGGAGGACUCGGACCCCCGACCACCCCCCAAGACGGAGGUCUGGAUCCUGAAGCGCCACAAGGGGAUCCAGCUCUCCAGAACCAGUCCAGACCGGCAGCACUGGUUCGGGUCUGAGGAAUUCUUGGCUCUUCCUGCUCAUCUCCGGAAAACAGAGAUGUUGGCCCUGAAGCUGGAGAGUCUGACCCAGUCCAUCCCUCUGAGACCCGGAGACUCGGCACUGCAGGACGUGGACGACUGGGACCUGACGGAGCUGAACUGGGACCCGGUGGACAGCGUAGAGAGUUCAGACGACGUUCCUUCUCCUCUGCCAGCGCUGCCUCCCUCCAGAAGGAACCUGCUGAGCCGCUUCAGUCCCUCGUCCUCCAGCGACGCGGCGCCGUCUCUGGACGGAAGCAUCGAGUCGGGUCGGCUGAGCGAGCUGCAGUCUGAGGAGGAGGAAGGACAGCCGACGGCGCCCCCUGUGGACGGACGGGGAUGUUCUGGUCUGGUGCAGAGACUCCUGGAGGACAUCCAGAGUCAGGACAAAGAGCCCGACGUCUGGAGGAAGAUCGAGGUAAAAUAUGAUUCUUAUCACCUAAAACCUGAAUGUUCUCGUUUCUUCUGA